AUGGCGCCCCGUAUCAUUGACGCGAUCAAGACAGACCACCGCGAGCUCGAGGACUAUUACAACAAGGUCCUUAACGCAAACACUGAGAAAGAAAAGAUCCAAUGGCAAAACCAAUUCACCUGGGAAUUGGCCCGUCACUCAAUCGGCGAGGAGUUGGUUGUCUACCCGCAAUUCGAGAAGAAGCUCCUUGAUGGCCGCGCUAUGGCAGACAAGGACCGUAAAGAGCAUCAAUCGGUCAAAGAACAACUGAAGCAAUUCCAGAACAUGGAACCUUCAGAACCCCAGUUUGAAUCUACCAUCAAAGCCCUGAUGCAGGAUCUUUCCGAGCACAUCAAGGAAGAGGAGAGCAAUGACCUCCUGAAACUGGAAGACGCCCUGGCAACCGAGGAGAGUGAAGAGCUUUUCAAUUCCUUUGGCAGGACUAAGAUGUUCGUUCCGUCGCGUUCGCACCCCACUGCUCCUGACAAGCCUCCCUUCGAGACUGCAGUUGGACUUAUGACGGCGCCGAUUGACCAUUUAACCGAUUUGUUCCGAAAAUGGCCGCAUACUUCUGGUAUGCCGAACCCGUCAACUAAGUGA